AUGGAUUUUACUAGUUUAUACUAUACUUUCUUUAACUUAACUAAAGAUAGAGAUAUUAGUAGUAUAUUAGAAGAACUUAGUAUUAAAGAUAAAGAACUAAACUUAGAGCUAGAGUCUAUAAGUUCUUAUAAUUCUAGUUCUAGUCUAAAAGCUUCUAAAGAAUUAGUUUCUAAGACUAGUAUAGAAUCUAGUUCUACUAAGGACUUAUCUACUAUAUAUAAUAGUUCUAUAGUACUUUCUAGUCCUAUUUUAAACUCUAGGCCUAGUAGUAAUAAUAGUAUCUUAGAUUUAGAGCCUAUUAGUAUCUCUAGUACUAGUAGUUCUAGCCCUUAUAAUUCUAGUAUAGAAAGUCCUUCUACUAGACUAUUAAAUCCUAAAGAUGUAUUUUCUAAGCCUAGAUCUAAGGUAUUUAAUAUAAAUAGUCCUAGUACUAGUUUAACUAAGUUAAAUCUUAAAAGGUUAGAAAAAGAAACUACUAUAAGUCCUAGAGUUAAUCUAGAGCCCUAUUUUAAUACUUUAUCUUCUAAUAUAAGAGAUAAUAUAGCUUUAAGCUCUAAUAACUCUUUAGAAAGUACUACUAUUAGUAAAAUAACUAAGGAUAAUACUUCUAAGCCUAGCUUUAAAAGUGCUAGUCUUAAUAGUAUAGAUUCUAAUAGAAAUAAAACAUCUUUAUCUUUAGAAGAUAUAUAUAAUAUAGAAAUACCUACUUUAGAGGAUAAUAUCUAUAAAGUAAUAGAAAAUAAUCCUACUAGUUCUAAGCCUAGUAGUAAAGCUUCUAGUUCUAAGUCUAGUAGUAAAGCUUCUAGUCCUAAGGUUAAAGAUAAUAUAUCUAAGAAAAGAACUAGAGGUAGACCUAAAAAGGUUAAAACUAGAGGUAGACCUAGAAAAGAAUAUAAGUAUAAGGAUUAACUAAAGCUAGUUUAACUAGAUUAGUAGUUAGAUAACUAUAUACUUAAUAUUAAAAUCUUUAAGCUAAGAUUUUAGAAGCUAUAACCCUAUAAUAAAUAUCUAAGUUUCCUAGUUAAAGGGGUAACCCUACCCUUCUUAGUAUUAUAAUUAGCC